UAGAUCUCCAGGGCAACCAACAACAAAAAAGCCGAAGCUGGACAGCAGCUGGCUGUCAGCAGCCAAGAGCUCCUCUAGGAGGUGCCUGAGUGAGAAGCUGCGGGCAGGAAAAGCGGCAGCGCUGGUGAAGCCGUCAAGGUGGUGGCAAAGGACUGAGAGGAAGCACAUAACAGCUCUCUUCUUGGGUACCUCUUCUUGGCUCCCCAAUAUCUGAGCUCCCAGAACACAGGAGCCCUAGCAACAUGGCAGCCACAGACUUUAAGGAGGAGAUUCGCUCUGUGGGUGAGAGGCUGCUGCUGAAGCUGCAAGGACUGCCCCAGGCUGAGCCCGUGGAGCUGGUGGCCUUCUCUAUCAUCGUUCUUUUCACAGCUACGGUCCUGCUGCUGAUGCUGCUGGCCUGCAGCUGCUGCUGUGUGCGCUGCUGCUGCCCCAACAGGAGAAGCAGGAAGAUCCUCGUGCAACCCAUAAAACCCAGAUGAGGGAUAGCAGUGUGAUGACCCAAGAGAAGCUGGACAGGAGCCUUCCCGAACUGUGACAUAGACUAUCAUCCUGACCACUUCUGGCACUGAGUUCUGGCACU